AUGCUCAAAUUCGCUCUCUUGAUCGCCUCGUCGGCGGCAGCCUAUGAGGCGGGACAUUUUGGACAUCAUGAUCAUUUGGCGCAUGGUUUGGUGGAGAGGCAAACGGAUGAGACGGUGUCUGCGCGGUUGAUGUCUGAGAUUCAGAGUAACUAUACGGCUGCGACGCAGAAGAGAGUUCAAGAGCUUGGGGGAGAAUGUACGUGGGAGAAGAUGGUUGUGAGGAGGGAGUGGUAUGUUCGCCCGGAAGAAAAUAUACCAUGAAAGAAAAUUAAUGGACGCGGCCAGGAGUGAACUUUCAGAGGACGAAAAGAAAGCAUACCUCGAAGCUCUCAAAUGCAUGCAGACUCUUCCUUCGAAAACGAAUGCAACUCUGGCUCCCGGGGCACGGAAUCGUGUGGAUGAUUUCGCAGCCGCGCAUGUUGUGAAUUUGCAGAGAGUGCAUUUCUCCCCUUGGCUUUUACCUUGGCAUCGACGUUUCACGUGGGAAUGGGAGCGCGCUUUGAAGGAGGAAUGUGAUUGGACUGGAGGUAUCUUCCAUUUCCCCUUCGUAACCCUUUAACAUCUCUCACACUAAGUGCUUAGGUCAACCAUACUGGGAUUGGUCCCGCACCGCCACCAAACCUCUCUCAGACAACCCGCUCUUCGAUGGUUCCUCCACAUCAAUUUCUGGGAAUGGAAAGGUGGUCGAAACAGCAGAAGACGGAGGACAAUGUUCCUGCAUCACCACCGGUCCGCUCGCGAACUGGACUGUCAACCUGGGCCCACUCUACAACGGCGCUUCCUGCAAAGACAACCCCCUCCCAUCAGGUCUCGGCUACAAUCCGCGCUGCUUAGAACGCGACUUCGACGAAUCCUACAUGGAAAACAUCACCUAUCCCCACAUCGUAGACUUCAUCCUCAAUUAUCAAGGUACGCCUUUCCCCCUCUCCUCCCUCGUUCCUCCCUCUAGCUAAACUCUCCAAUCAGUUGACGCUCCGACUUCUGCUUCGAAUUCCUUCUUCACCCAACUCGAAUCCUGGCCCAAUGGAAUCCAUCCUAUCCCGCACACCGUCAUCGGCGGUCUGCAGAACGAUAUCCCCGCCUCGCCCUCGGAUCCUUUCUUCUUCUUCCAUCACGCCCACAUCGAUCGCGUAUGGUCCCUCUGGCAAAGCCGCGACGAAGCCACGCGACGCAAUGCGACCGCCAGACCCGAAGAUUACAGCGGUACGAGGAAGUAUAGAGGGUGGGCAUUGGCGGAUACAGUCGGGAUGGAGAGUGUGAUAAGUUUUACGGAUGUGUUUGAGAAUGUGACCGUGGGGGAAGUUAUGGAUCCGAGUGGUGGGGUAUUUUGCUAUAGGUAUGAGUAG